AUGAGUACUCUGGUUCUUACUCCUUCACAAUCGAAUAAUAUAAUUCAUCAUCAUCAUCGUCAUCACCAUCAUCAACGACAACAACCAGCAACGACAACAUCAACAAGUAAAACAAAUUCUUCUGUUGUCGAUCCACUACGUGCUCGAUAUUUAAUCGCCCAUAAACUAGCCUCAGGUGGUUUUGGUGAUGUCUAUGCUGGUGUACGUAAGAAGGAUGGGCUGCCAGUUGCGCUUAAAGUGAUUUCGAAAAGACGCAUGCGUGAAAUAAAUACACCGGAUGGAAAAUUACCACUUGAAGUGUAUCUAUUACGUCGUGUAGCCAAAGUUAAAAAUGUUAUACACAUGCUUGAUUAUUUCAUUCAUAAUGAUCAACUUGUUAUUGUCCUUGAAAGACCUGAAAAUUGCUGUGAUCUAUAUGAUUUUAUAUCCGAACGACCAAAUGGUCUCGAUGAACGUUUAGCACGAGAUUUUUUUAAACAAAUUAUUCAAAUCCUCAAAGAUAUUCAUCAAUGUGGCGUUCUCCAUCGAGAUAUAAAAGAUGAAAAUUUUCUUGUUAAUGUACAUACCGGACAAUUAUAUUUAAUUGAUUUUGGUUCUGGUGCUGUAUUAAAUGACGGAAUUUAUACCGAUUUCGAUGGUACAUCAUGUUAUGCUGCCCCAGAAUGGGUUACAUGUCGUCGGUAUUUUGGUUUACCACAAGCGGUAUGGUCUUUAGGAAUACUUCUAUAUGAUCUUGUUUGUGGCGAUAUUCCAUUCGCUGAUGAUUUAUCAAUUAUCAAAUGUCAGCCGCAUUUUCCUAGUCACAUUUCACCUGAAUGUGUAAAAUUAAUCGAACAAUGUCUAUCUAUACGUUCGUCAGAGAGACCGACGCUUGAUGAAUGUUUGAAAUCCGAAUGGCUCAAAUAUCCGUCGUCAAGAGACUUAUGUCUAUCAUUAGCACCCCGACGACGUCGGGGACACACUUCUUCAUCAUCAAAAUCAACAAGUUCUUCUUCGCGAGGAAAUUCAUUAUAA